CGGAAUCCUCUGCAGCAAACUGGCAGAUCGUACCUAUAUCAAGAAAUUACAUAUCUGUCAAACUUGUAUGCGUUUCUGAACACGUAUUUGUUUCAAUUAUGUAGUGGUUUUUUUAGAUCGGUUUUUACUCCAAAACUGCAUUUUUCAAUCCAUUUAUUUACUAUAUUUCUUAAAUAUUCUUUAUUAACUUGUUUUAAAGUUUUAAGCACUAUUUCGACUAAAUAUUAUCAAUUUUAAUAAUUACGCAUAACUUCAAAUUGACUAAAAUGUGCGAAACGGAACGCAAUUCGUAAUGGCGGCGGGGGAGGGGUGAACGACCCUUUGACGUUUUAUCCUGAUUCCUGCCGUCAGUCGUAAUUCGUACGUCAAUCGAGAACGUUUUUGUGAUCCUGUGCGCUCUCCAACUACAAGCCCUAGGCCUCCGCUAUGUCAUCGUCCGAAGAGUUGAGAGGCCAAAUGGAUUCGAGCUCCUCUUCAGCUCCGUGUGUGAUGGACUCCAACGAGCCGCCUGCAUCAUGUGUGCAAGUUUUGGACUCCAGUGGGCCUCUUGAGCCCGCCGCGACAACGAGCACUGGGGAGGCCGAGACUUGCUCUUCUGAUUCGGACAGACGUAAUGCUCCACUUUUUUCGAGUAUUAUGCCAGAGUCCUGCCUAGAACUAACUGACUCGGACAUCCAUGAAUCGGAGGUCUAUACGAUGAAUCUAACAUCAGAGAUACGUGUAAAAUGGAACAUCAACAAAAUCUUUAAAACGUUUCCUACUGUGAAGGCGUGCGUGAAGUUUGCAGAGGAACUUGGUAUGAUCCCUCGAGAGAAAAUGUGCUCGUACCACGGAACGCCCAUGGUGAUAGUGUCCGGCGGAGCGUUCGGUAUGUUCCGCUGCCGCAGGAGCAACUGUCCCGAAGACGUCCUCAAUAGAACCGAAGGAACGUGGUUCGAAAAUGUGGUACUUUACAUCCCACUCCCAGCUGUGUUUGAAAUCAUGUACUCAUUCUCAAACGGGUUCACUCAUAAACAAACUCAAAAGGAAACGGCGGAUAAUGACAGAGAAAUAGUACCAAUAGUACCUAUAGAAACAAUCAUCGAUUGGUUUGACAAAUGUAGAGAAACUAUAAUGAUAUAUGACUUAGAAAAUAAAGAGGAGAAAGAAAAAAUUGGAGGUCCGGGAAAAAAAUUGAAAAUUAUUGAAUCGAAGUUUGGAAAGAGGAAAUACGACCAAGGGCGACUGGAAGGCAAAUGGAUGCUGACAAUUAUCGAAGAUGGAAGUCAGGAUUUGAGAAUAGAGAUAUGUCCCAGUAAAUCUGAUGCGUUGGUGGUGAUACAAAGACAUGUUCGAGAAGGCUCUAUCAUCCAUACAGGUGUGUGGGAAGCGUACAACUGCCUUCCCGAACACAAUUAUGUGCACGAAAUUCAUAGUGAUGAAAGUUUGGUCCCACCAGAUGGGACAUAUAAGCUUGGGAGUGGGUGGCAAGGACUGACCAGGGCCUUUCACGAUAACAAAUAUGAAGGAAGUUUUGAAGACCGGUUGAUCGAGUAUUUGUGGAGGAGACGAGUUAGAUUAAAUAAACUGGACCCGUUCGAAGAGUUACUGAAAUGUAUUUUAUAUGUUUAUAAUAUUAAUAAAUGAUUUUAAAAGA